ACACUCACAGACAUGCAGGCGGAGGGGCGGGAGACCGCGGCGGUGGUGGGGGAGUAUCGAACCGCGAAGCCAGCAGCCCGCCGUGCGAUGUCCCCGCCGCAGACUCCAGUCGUUUGCUGACCGCCCGAGCAAAGACACCAACUUCAGGAUGCAGGCCCUCCGACUCGUGGUGCUGGUGUCAGCGGUGUGCCUGGCGCACGCCUACAGGUCCGGCGCGCCCCCAGAAGCCUGCUCCGACAUGGUGCCCCAGCACCACACGCCGCCCCAGACCGGCAGGUUCCCCUACACCGUGCGCGCCUCCGCCACCAAGGCCGCCGGCACCGCCAUCGUCACCGUCACCGGCCCCGAGACCUUCAAGGGCUUCAUGGUGCAGUGCCGCGUCGGCAACGCCCCCGUCGGCAAGUUCAUCAACCCGCCCUCCAACGUCAAGGUCAUCGACUGCGGCAGCGGCAAGGGGACCACCGCCACGCACAACGACGACAGCGAGAAGAAGGAGAUCGUCCUCACGUGGAAGGCCCCGCCAAACCUCAAGGAGAAGGUCACCUGCCUGGCAACUGUGGCCAAGAACGGUGGAGAAUUCUGGGUUCGCCAGCCAGCAAAUGUGAUUUCUUUCUAACUGCGCGUUCAGGGCGCAACUUCUUACAUGCAACAUGCAGUGAAAACGACGACACCAACUCAUCAUGCAAAAUGGAACAUCCAUUAAAGUCCAGUGGAAUGUAGACAUAAAUCAUUUUAAGACUGUUUUGGGCCCAAGCUUCCCAUUAACAGGAAUGCAAAGGGCAAACCAUUGAUACUGUUUUGUUUCUGAUGCCAAAGAGAGGAAGCUCUCCAUCUCUAUUAACACUCUUAAUGACUUACAUUAUGACUUUGUACUUUACGUGUUUGUAUUUGGGUAUAAAUAAGACAAUGACAACUAAA